CGCCCCCCCGGCCGGCCGGGGCGGCUGUGGGGCGGCCUGAGGGACCGCCGCCGCCCGCCGCGCCGCGCCGAGGCAGGGCAGGGCAGGGCAGGGCAGGGCAGGGCGCUGCUGGGCCACGGCGGCGGCGGAGGGGCGGCCCGGCCCGGCCCCGCGGCGCGGCGGGUUUCCGGGGGCGGCAGCCCCAUGGCGCUGGAUUUAUAAACACGGCGGCGAGGGAGGGGGCGCGCUGCCCGCCCAGCCCCCCCCCCCCCCGGCCGGGUCCCGGUCACGGCGCCCGCGGGCAGAGGAGGAGAACUUGAAAGCGGCGGCGAUGGGGGAAGGCGGCCGGCACCGCGGCUAGUGGAGAAUUGAUCCUGCUUUCAUCUCGCUGCCCCGGGCUGUAGUAGUUACCUCUGUGCUGCAUUCCUGCCGCUCACCCAGUGACGAGUUGUGGCGUGACGUGGAGAGCACACGCACGAUGAAGAGGAGCUCUCGCCUCUCCUAAUCCUUCGGGCCGGUGAUUUGGAAGCAGCGAACGCCACGUCUGCUCGUUCGACAUGUCCGGAUCUACCCAGCCCGUGACACAGAGCUGGCGUGCCGCUGAGCCGCGCUAUCCCCCUCACGCCAUGUCCUAUCCGGUCCAGAUCGCUCGACCGCAUGCGGAUGUUGCGCUCUUAGAGUACCAGCAUCAUUCCAGGGAUUACGCGUCCCACCUCCCGCCGGGGUCCAUCAUGCAGCCGCAGCGGAGGAGGCCGUCCCUGCUCUCCGAGUUCCAGCCGGGCAACGAGAGAUCGCAGGAGCUGCACCUGCGGACCGAGGCACACUCCUAUCUCUCUGACCUGGCCAAGCCGUCGGACUUGGAGUUUAUUGAAACGAAGAGACCGCGCCUGGACCUGCUGCAGGACCCGCUGAUGCGGCACUCGCCUCUCCUGAGUCAGAGCCAGCAGGGCGGGACGGAGGACCUCUCAAAGGACCGUGGCCUGCCUGGCAAACUGGAGCCCGUGUCUCCGGUCAGCCCUGCUCACCCCGACUCCGAGCUGGACCUGCUGCCAGCCCGGCUCUCGAAGGAGGAGCUCAUUCAGAACAUGGAUCGCGUGGACCGCGAGAUCACCAUGGUGGAGCAGCAGAUCUCCAAGCUGAAGAAGAAGCAGCAACAGUUGGAGGAAGAAGCAGCCAAACCACCAGAGCCUGAAAAACCCAUCUCCCCCCCUCCUAUCGAGUCCAAGCAUCGCAGCUUGGUGCAGAUCAUCUACGACGAGAACCGGAAGAAAGCCGAGGCUGCCCACCGCAUCCUGGAGGGACUGGGGCCGCAGGUGGAGCUGCCAUUAUACAACCAGCCUUCCGACACCAGGCAGUACCAUGAAAACAUUAAAAUAAACCAGGCAAUGCGGAAAAAGUUAAUUUUAUACUUCAAGAGGAGAAACCAUGCUCGCAAACAGUGGGAACAGAAGUUUUGCCAGCGCUAUGACCAGCUGAUGGAAGCCUGGGAAAAGAAAGUGGAGCGCAUCGAAAAUAACCCCCGGCGCCGUGCCAAAGAGAGCAAAGUGCGGGAAUACUAUGAGAAGCAAUUCCCAGAGAUCCGGAAGCAGCGGGAACUGCAAGAGCGCAUGCAGAGGUUAGAGGAGAAGCGCAGGGUAGGACAGAGGGGCAGCGGUCUCUCCAUGUCGGCUGCACGCAGCGAACACGAGGUGUCCGAAAUUAUCGACGGGCUCUCAGAACAAGAGAACCUGGAGAAGCAGAUGCGCCAGCUCGCUGUGAUCCCUCCCAUGCUCUACGAUGCUGACCAGCAGCGCAUUAAAUUCAUCAACAUGAACGGCCUUAUGGAUGACCCUAUGAAGGUCUACAAGGACCGGCAGGUGAUGAACAUGUGGAGCGAACAGGAGAAGGAGACCUUUCGGGAAAAGUUCAUGCAGCAUCCGAAGAACUUCGGCCUGAUCGCUUCCUUUCUGGACAGGAAGACGGUGGCAGACUGCGUCUUGUAUUACUACCUGACCAAGAAGAAUGAGAAUUACAAGAACCUCGUAAGGAGGAAUUACCGGCGGCGUGGGAAGGGCCAGCAGCAGCAGCAGAUGCCCCGCAGCAGCCAAGAGGAGAAAGAUGAAAAAGAGAAAGAAAAGGAGAAGGAGGGAGAGAAGGAGGAGGACAAACAGGACGCAGAAAACGACAAGGAAGAACUGACCAAGGACAAGAAUGACGACACGUCCGGGGAAGACAACGACGAGAAAGAAACCGUCACCUCCAAAGGCCGCAAAACCGCCAACAGCCAGGGCCGGCGCAAAGGCCGCAUCACCCGCUCGAUGGCCAACGAAGCCAACAACGAGGAGGCGGCGGCUCCGCAGCAGAGCGCCGAGCUGGCUUCUCUGGAGAUGAACGAAAGCUCACGCUGGACGGAAGAAGAAAUGGAGACGGCUAAAAAAGGUCUCCUUGAGCAUGGGCGGAACUGGUCGGCCAUUGCCAGGAUGGUGGGCUCCAAGACCGUGUCGCAGUGCAAAAACUUCUACUUCAACUACAAGAAGAGACAGAACCUGGACGAGAUCCUACAGCAGCACAAACUAAAAAUGGAGAAAGAAAGGAACGCAAAGAGGAAAAAGAAAAAAGGCACCGCCGUGCAGAAUGAAGAAGCUGCCUUCCCUCCCGCAGCUGAGGACGAGGAAAUGGAGGUGUCGGGGACGAGCGGCAACGAAGAGGAGAUGGCUGAGGAGGCCGAAGCUGCAGUAAAUAACAGCUCCGACACUGAGAGCAUUCCCUCGCCAAGGCCCGAAGCCAAAGAGGGAGGCGAAAACGGGGCCAAGGCACCACCCGGGCCGGGAGGUGACUCCAGCGCAGAACCGGCAGUCAAGUUGGAAGAGGCUCCCACACCCCCCGAUGCUCUUGCUGCUCCUACUGCUCCUGCCACCAACCCCGCUCCUGCCACCAGCCCUCCUCCGGAGGCAGCUCCCGAGCCGGCCAGCAGCGAGGAGAAGGCACAAGAGGACGUGGUGGUGGACGUGGUGAAAACGGAGGAGCCGGAGGAGAAGGAGAGCGAGGAGCCCUGCAAGAGCGAGGUGAAGAAGGAGGAGAACGAAGACAGCCAGGAGAAAGACAAGGGGAAUGACAAGAAAGCGGAAAGCAGUGUCAGUGGUGGAGGAACAGCAGGGGCAGAGGGGACACCCAAGGCCGAGAAGAAGGAGAGUCAUAAAGGCAGUAAAGGCCCUGGCGUGAACCCCGAUAGCGACUCCAGCGCAACUUGCAGUGCGGAUGAGAUGGAUGACCAGGAUGCUGUGGACAAGAGCAGGCUGCUGUCGCCCAGGCCCAGCCUGCUCAACACCGCCAGCGAUGCCAGGCUGAACUCCUCACCGCAGAAACCCCUGGACCUGAAACAGCUAAAGCAGCGUGCCGCUGCCAUUCCUCCCAUCAUUUCUGAAGGUUUCUCAGAGGGGAUACUGCAGAGCGGAAGUGUGAAGCCUCAGGUGCCUCCCCAUGCCUUGGCCCUCUACCAGCAGCAGAUCACUAAAGCCCACGAGUCUGCCCGCGAGGACAUGCCCCCAGGCAAGCUCUCGCAGUCCCAGCAGCCACAGCAGCCUGAGAAGGAGCAGCAGCCGCCCAGCAGCAGUCCCAGGGGAAAGAGCAGGAGCCCAGCUGUCGGUGAGAAGGAAGAAAAGCCAGUGCAUUUCUCGUCCAUCGCAGAGGCUCAGAAGCUAAGCGCCGAGCAGACGGCUGCCUCGUGCUGGCCUCCUGUCCUGUCCUACCCUCGGGAUGUGAUAAAAACCUCUCCCCAGGCGGAGCCCCACUUGUUUCAGUACAACCCUCCAGGACACCCGAUCCCGCUAAACUUGCAUGAGAGUUCUCGGUCAGGGCUGCAAAGACUGACGAGCAUCUCGAACCCCCCGCCCCUCAUCUCCUCCACCAAGCAUCCCUCUGUGCUGGAGAGACCCGUCGGGUCCAUUUCCCAGGGCAUGCCCAUUCAGCUCCACACCCCGUACAGCUCCGAGCACGCAAAGGUUCCCGUUGGCUCCAUCACCAUGGGCCUGCCGCUGACCAUGGAUCCCAAGAAACUGGUGCCUUUUCCUGGAGUAAAGCAGGAACAACUCUCUCCCAGAAGCCAGGCCAACCAGCCGGAAAGUCUGGUUAUGCAGCCGGCCCCGGAGGGCUCCAUCCUGCGGGGCACUUCCCUGGGCCCUGCCUCGGGAGGGAGCAUCACCAAGGGAACGCCCACGUCCCGGCCCCCUCCGGAGUCGCCCAUCACGUACCGAGGGUCCAUCACGCAUGGCACCCCAGCAGAAGUGCUGUACAAAGGAACCAUUACCAGGAUAAUCGGAGAAGACAGCCCCAGCAGAGCAGAGAAAGUGAGAGAGGAUGCCAUGCCCAAAGGACAUGUCAUCUACGAAGGGAAGAAAGGCCACGUGCUCUCCUACGACGGUGGUGUUGCUGCUUCUCAGUGUCCCAAAGAAGAUAGCAGGAGCUCAGGAGCUUCGCAUGAGACCACGGGAACCAAGCGAACCUACGAUAUGAUGGAGGGGAGGAUCAGCAGGGGCUUAUCAGCCCGUGAUCCAUUAUCUGCCAGCAUUGAAGGUCUAAUGGGUCGAGCGAUCCCUCCAGACCGACAUAGUCCUCAUAACCUAAAGGAACAGCAUCACAUCCGGGGCUCAAUAACACAAGGAAUACCUCGGUCCUAUGUGGAGGCCCAUGAGGACUACCUCAGAAGAGAAGCCAAACAGCUCAAGAGGGAAAACACUCCACCAAGGGACUUAUCUGAUGCCUACAAGGUCAGGCCUCACGAGGGCCUUACUCCCCUGAAAAUGAAACCAGCCCAUGAAGGCCUGGUUGCCACGGUGAAAGAAGCAGGAAGAUCAAUCCACGAGAUUCCCAGGGAGGAGCUGAGGCGGACACCGGACAUCUCUCUGACCAGGCCUCUGAAGGAAGGCUCUAUCACACAGGGUACCCCACUGAAGUAUGACAGCAGCUCUUCCUCAGCAAGUACCAAAAAGCAUGACGUCCGGUCCAUCAUUGGCAGUCCUGGGAGGACUUUUCACUCUGUGCACUCGCUGGACGUCAUGCAAGACCCCAGGAAUCUGGAGAGAGCUUAUGAAGAGAGCCUGAAAAACAGGCCAAGCCCGGUGACAAACUCGGGAGGCUCGAUCGCCAGAGGGGCUCCCGUGAUUGUGCCUGAGCCAGGAAAGCCGCACCAAAGUGCCCUUGCCUACGAGGACCACCAGGCAGGGCACGGCACGGCGUUCGGCAGCCAUUUGCACAGAGGGUCUCCAGUCUCCACGAGGGAAUCCACGCCACGGCAACACGAAGGGAGCAUCACUGCCGGGAAGCCGGUGUCCCAGGACAGAAAGAUCACCCCCACGUCACGAGAGCUCACCAACUCCAAGUCUCCGCACGCGCCGGUGGCCGAGCACCACCACCCCAUCUCCCCGUACGAGCACCUGCUCCGGGGCGUGAGCGGCGUCGACCUGUACCGGGGCCACAUCCCGCUGGCCUUCGACCCCGCCGCCAUCCCCAGGGGAAUCCAACUGGAAGCAGCUGCUGCUUACUACCUGCCGAGGCAUCUGGCUCCGAGCCCCACGUACCCCCACCUCUACCCCCCGUACCUCAUCCGGGGGUACCCCGACACGGCCGCCAUGGAGAACCGACAGACCAUCAUCAACGACUACAUCACCUCCCAGCAGAUGCACCACAACGCCGCAGCCACGGCCAUGGCGCAGCGGGCGGACAUGCUGCGCGGCUUGUCGCCCCGGGAACCCUCGCUGGCUCUCAACUAUGCAGCAGGCAUCAUCGACCUGUCCCAAGUGCCACACCUGCCUGUCCUCGUGCCCCCUACCCCCGGUACCUCCGCCACCUCCAUGGACCGCAUCACCUACAUCCCCGGCCCUCCCCAGACCUUCAGCAGCCGACACAGCAGCUCCCCACUCUCCCCAGGAGGCCCCACACACAUGACCAAACAGUCGGGAUCAUCGGUGUCUGAGCGGGAACGGGAUCGGGAGCGUGAACGUGAGAGGGAGCGCGAGAAGUCCAUCCUAGCAUCCACCACUGUGGAGCAUGCACCUAUCUGGAGACCAGGUACGGAGCAGUCCAGCAGCCGUUCGUCCUCGCACUCUCACAGCCACCAGCACUCUCCCGUCUCCCCCCGCACCCAUGAGACCAUCCAGCAGCGCCCCAGUGUGCUCCACAACACGAGCAUGAAGAUCAUCUCCUCGGAGAACCCCACCCCUUCCGUCCUGCGAUCCUCGUCCACCACUACCACGUCGCCGAUCCGCUCUGCAGGCUUCCCCUCAGCCUCCACGCUGCGCUCCUCCAUUGGGGCGGUGGACAGCUAUGCAGCCAUGAUGGACCCGGCCGUCCUACAGAAAGAGGCCUCGAGGGCCCGAGAAGCCAAGGUAGAACGUCCCCAGACUGACAACAACAUAUUCACCUCAAAGCUGCCCGCUGGGGCCAACCUAGAACAGUCGCCUUCACCUAUUAAAGCCAUGGAGUCGAGGCCUUUACCCGCCUCCGGGCCCGGUUCUUCUCAUCACUAUAGCAGAGGACAGGGGAAAAGCCAACAGCACCACCACUCUCUGGACCAGCAGCACACAGCCUCGGGCCCUGAGCAGCACAGCAGAGAAAAGAGUCAAAGUAAACCCUUUUCAAUGCAGGAACAGGAGCUCCGAGCACUCGGCUUCCACGGUGGCUACAGCCCGGACCGCCUCGAGGCCGUGAGUCCCGUGAGCUCGCCCAGCCUGGCCCACGAGAAGGGGCCCAAGCUGCUGCCGGACCCGGAGAAGGGGCACGCAGAGCACGACCUGCGGCAGAAGCAGCCAGCCUCCCUGAAGGCCUCGGCUCCCGAGGCGGCCCACCUGCAGCACCUCCGCCCGGCUGAGAGCCAGCAGCCCCCGUGCCAGCCGCUGCAGUCCAGCCAGAGCAUCAAGGGCAUGAACCAGCGGGUGGUCACGCUGGCCCAGCACAUCAGCGAGGUCAUCACCCAGGACUACACACGCCAUCACCCUCAGCAGCUGAACUCCCACAUCCAGACCCCAGUGUACUCCUUCCCCGGGGUCACGUGCCCCGUGCUGGACCUGCGUCGCACCCCCAGCGAGGCCUAUCUCCAGCAGCAGGAGCACGCGGCGGCCUCCAGGAUCUCCCCGCAGAGCGAAGGAGGCAAAAGAUCCCCGGAGCAGAGCAAAGCGUCGGCGGGGAGCAGCGGGCCCGACAGCUGUAUCGAGCCCGUCUCUCCGCCAGACGGCGUGGGAGACCCGGAGCACGCCAAGAGCGCCACGUACCCGCUGCUGUACCGGGAGGGCGAGCAGCUGGACCAGAGGAUGGGGUCCAAGUCCCCAGGAAAUAACACUCAGCCUCCAGCUUUCUUCAGCAAGCUAACUGAGAGCAACUCUGCCAUGGUGAAGUCCAAGAAACAGGAGAUCAUCAAGAAGCUCAGCACGACCAACAAGAAUGAGACGGAGUACAAUGUUGGGCAGCCCGGGACAGAGAUUUUCAAUAUGCCAGCGAUUACUGGAGCAGGGCUAAUCAGUUGUAGAAGCCAGUCGGUCCAAGAGAAUUCCAGUACCAACAUGGGGUUGGAGGCAAUAAUUAGGAAAGCCCUAAUGGGUAAAUAUGACGAGCAGUGGGAAGAGCGCUCACCUCUCAGUGCCAAUGCUUUUAACUCUCUGAAUGCCAGUGCAAGCCUGCCCGCUGCUAUGCCCAUAACUCCUGCUGAUGGACGAAACGAGGACGUGCGCUCCUUGCCAGGAGGAGGAGGGAAGCCAAAGAUGGCCGCCAGGCCCAACAGCCGCAAGGCCAAGUCUCCGGCGCCGGGCCUGUCCUCCGGGGAGAGGCCGCCGUCCGUCUCCUCCGUGCACUCGGAGGGGGACUGCAACAGGCGGACGCCGCUGACCAACCGCGUCUGGGAGGACAGGCCGUCGUCCGCAGGUUCGACGCCGUUCCCCUACAACCCGCUGACCAUGAGGCUCCCCAGCGGGGUGGUGACGGCGGCGCCCGCCGCGUCCCUGCCGCCGGGCGCCGCCGGCAGCCAGCACCACGCCUGGGACGAGGAGCCCAAGCCCCUGCUCUGCUCCCAGUACGAGACGCUUUCGGACAGCGAGUGAGGCGGCGAGGGGCGCAGACGGCGAGCGAGCGACGGCGCGGGCGCGAGCUGCCCGGGCGGACCCGGACCACGCCGGCCCCGGCCCCGGCCGUGCGGCUCUCACGAGCAGCCACGCGGGAGCAGAGCUUCAUUUUUUUUCCCCCUCUUUUUUUUUUUUUUUUCCUUCCCCCCUUCCCAACCCACCAACUUGGGGGGGAAAGGCUGUUUGGUUUUUGUUUUUUUUUUUUUUUCCUCUCUCAACAUCUGGAAAUUUCUGACUCCUCUUCAGUCUAAAAAAAAAAAAGCCUUAACGAGAUAAAAAUCGCGGGAAGCCACCGUGGAUGCUGGCGCCGACCCCCGUGCUCGAGAGCGACUGCGCUGCCACCGGCGCAGGGACCGGGGCGGGAGGGAGAGGCCCCGGCUCCCCGGGACGCGGCCGGGGCUGCGGUUUGGGUCUCGGAGGGAGCGAGCGAUGAGGAGCCCCCGGCAUGAGCACGGGGGCCAGGGGUGCACGCGUGUCCCGGGGAUGGACAGACGGAUGGACGGACGCCCCGGCAGCGCGCCCGCGUUGCCCGCUCCCGAGCGCUCGGUUAGGGGCUCCGGGGUGUCCAGCGCAUCCCGGUUGUGCCGCAGGGAUGCAAAACCUUGAGGGGGGGAAAAAAAAAGGAAUUUGAAAACAUUUAACGAGAGAAAUAGGAUCAAAAGCCCCAGUUUGGGUUCUCCCGGCUGACAUGAGUGGUGGUGGCCCGCCGGACCUGCCGCGCGAGCUCUCCGAGCCCGGGGUGGUCUCGACACGUGCUAAAGGUGGCUGGGAAGAAGGGGCAGGGGAGGGAGGCGGACAUCCAUUUCUAAGAAAAAAUAAUAAUAAUAAUAGUCCCUUCAGCGAGAGAAAUACUGGGCUCAAAUGGGAGCGGAGCGCGAUCCCCGCGGGGGCCGGCGCUCUGCGGAUGAAGGGACUCGGUUGCUUUAAGUGCAUUGUUUUCUGAAUGGUGAGAAAAGGCAAUUGUAAAUUGUAUUGGUCUACAGGGUAUAUUUUUGAUACCUUCAGUGAAUUAUGUCAAUAUUUUACGCAAGGAAGGACUUAAAGAAAACACAGUGUUACAUGCUGUAAAAGAGGUUCUGUUCUUACACGCGGGCUUUGAUGCGUUUGUCCAUUGUAUGGAAAUGUUUAGGAAAAAAAAAAAAGGCAACAUUGAUCCAUCAAAGUCACCUGUAAGUCAGGAGAAUGUAUGAACUUAGUUUAAAAAAAAGAAAAAAAUAUCUUGCCGUGGUCGCAGGGCCCCCUCGUUACACGUACCGGAGUCGGCGGGGAGCGUGUGCUGGUUGCAGACACUCGUCCUCCCGAGCGCCCUGCCGAGCUCGCCGGGGCAGGGGCAGCGCGGGGCAGGGCACGAGGCCGGGGAGUUCACAGGAAACGUUGGAAAAAAGAAAAAAAAAAGUUUUUAUUGUAUUUUUGUGAUACACAUGAAUGCUCUACUUUACAUUAUUUUUUUUUCAUUCCAUGAUGUUGGAUCAUAUCUGCAGUUACAUGGUUAAAGAACAAAAUAUUAGACUUUUUUUCAUUCACUUCUGCUUUCUCGCUCUGGGGGGAAAAAAAUGGCAAAAAAAAAAAAAAAACACCCAAAAUGUAUUAAAUGCUUUGCAUUCUGUACGCUAGAGGAAAAAAAAAGGCCACGGCACAGACUUUCUGCCUCUUCGGCUGCUGGGCGGACGAGCCGGCCAGCGCAGCGGUCCAGGAGCGCCUGGGGCGAGGAGAGUGGCAAAGCGAGGCGGGCGCUGCCCCGUCCUCGGCGGUGAUUUCUUUUCCCCCUGCCAUGUUCCAAGGUUGAUUCUGAUUUCGAAGCAAGAGAAUGGUGGUGUUUGUUGUUUGUUUGGGGUUUGUUUUUUUGUUGUUUUUUUUCUGUUUUUUACAAUGUACAGGUUUUUAAUGUUCAUCAAUGUUUGUCUUUUCUGUUGUGCUUUUUUUUUUUUAAAGAAAAAAAAAACGAGAAAAUGCACAAGCGAUGUUGGAAGUCUUUCAGUUCCCAGGUUAUUGCUGCUGGUGUCUCUGUGGCUCUGCACCGUAAAGCUAACAGAGCUGACGUUUGGGUGUAACGCUAUUAAAGUGCUACAGAUUCUGCCUUGAAAAGCCCAAAUUCCACCCAUCUUCUAAGUCACCUUCAAAGCUAACCCUUUCAGGGAAAAAAAAAAAAAAAAAAAAAAAAAACGCAGAGCAAAGAAUAAAGCUACCACUUGGCACAGUAGCAAUACUGUGUGCUGCUUCGGUGUCUUGAAAAGAUGUCAAGAAAGAGGUAGUUUUCUAAUGAAAAGCUGCAGUUUUAUGGAAAUAGUUGCUGGAAAGCCAGACCCUCUUGCGACGGGCUCUGUACGAAGCAGCAAAAUAAGCUGGGUUUGCAAUGCGGGAAGAAGGCGCGAAGCGGCUGGGCGAGGUCCCCGGCGCUUGCGGCCCCCGGCUUUGGCGGCUGCCCCGGCGGCGGUGCCCCCCUCGUCUCGGCUCCAGGAUGGCCGCACUCGGGCCCUGUGGGACGCGGGGGUCCCUCCGGAGAGCAGGCGGGGUCCACGUGUGCCGGCUCUGCGUGCUGGGCUCCAUCCUCGCGCCGCGGAGGGGCUGCUCCGCGUUAAAGGUCGCGGCGUCCCGGGAGCCCUCUGCUCCCGCAGUGCCCUGCUCGCGGGACGCGGCCGGGCCCCAGGCGUUGCAGCUGGCAGGAGGGGAGCUUGGCGGACCUCAAGGGCUCAGCAUGGCAUCUCCUUUCUGUUCCCCUUUGGUCUUUCACCUCUGGUGCGUGCAGAGCAAGUAGCUGCAGGUUGCCCAUGGCUGGCCAAGGGCUUGUGAAGAGUCCUGGGUUGCUCAAAGCCGUGCAACUACCCAACCAGGGCUUCUCGGCAAAGAUGUUGUGUUUGAGAGGAAGUCUGUAGGUGUUGGCAAGGUUGCGUUAGGCCUUUUGGGUUUUGUGGCUCGGUGCUCAUCUCGGAUGGCUGGAUGGACAGCUCUUACUGGCAUCUUCUGGGAGCCACUGUGUUUGCAGGAGGGGCGGGAUGCUGCCGUUGCGGGGCUACAGCAGACUUGGGCUCUUCUGGUCACGGCUUUCAGGUUUAUCCAACGUGGGAUCCACUCCAGCGGGAUCCCACACUUGGAAAAGCCCUCCAUGGGGAAGCUCUCGUCAUUGCCCUGGGCUGGCCCCUUAACCGCGCUUCUCAGCUCUUUCCAUCUUGCUGCACCUCCAUCCGCUGACCUCCAGCCUUCCUGCCCCAACGCGCGCCCCGGCCAAGCCCAGGUCCUCCCACGGCCACGUGUCCCAUGUGCAGGGCAGUGCGGGCCCUCGGCUGCCGGAGCACCGUGCUGGUGGGAGCCGCUGCCCGUACCCAGCGCCGUGUCUCGGCACGCUUAUCCCCGCGUCGCAUCCCUUGUGCAGGGCCACCCCGGGACCGAGCCGGCCCCGCGCGCCCUCCUUCAUCGCGGUUUCCACCAUGCGCCCUGGUGCUGCCAGCUAUGACUUUUACUGAGCGUGCAAAUGGAAAGGAGAAAAAGAAAAGGGGGGGGGGGGGUGUCACAUUAAAUGCGAUAAACCCCAAGUUCAAAGUUACCAUUCCCCACGUCCUAAUUUGUACAAACCAACAAGCAAGCAAAAGAUUAUUGGACGAUUUAUCAUUUGAACUGUGCAAGGGGGGAAAAAAAUCUAUCUUUUGUACAACCAAACUGUGCAUAGCUGUUUUGAAGUGAGUUGUAUGAUAGACCGGGCUGUAUAUAGAUCCACGAGUUGUAAAUAUUUACGCAGCUUGCUAUAAAGGGUUGGUUUUCUUCUACUGAA